CUCAUUCGAACGAGUGAUUAUUGAGUGAACUCCACCGGCUGAAAAGUGACCUUUUGAAAUCGAAAACGCGUUUCCUAAUUGAAAUGCAAUUGGGGAAAACAAGAAAAUAACAUAAGUGAUCUCUGAUGCGUAAAUUGGUCUUCAACAUGUGGGUAUUUUUCAUUGAAUUGAGGUGACUUUUCUUUGAGAACAAACAAGUGAAGGAACGGAUCCUUGCCCGGUUCAACUGCAUGGAUAACCAAUGAUCAAUCCCAAUGAUUUUCAAGAUUAAGGAGAGCUAUGCUCCUUAACAAGAAAAUCCUUACUACAGCAUCUGCAGUAAAAACUGCAAAAAUUACUCUGAGAAAUUCAUAAUAUAUCCAUAACUACAGCUUUUUAAUUUAAAGUCAAGUUUACUGGUCAUACCAAUGAGUAUGGCACCGGUUAUCCCUGCGGAGAAAAAGGACAUUAACAUUGAAAUGAAACCAAAGUUUGAAUUUGAAAAGUCAGACAUUUUUGUUCGUCAAGUGGUGAUGAUGACACUGUGGUAUAUUUUUAGUUUCGGAUCAAUGUUUACUAACAAAUACAUACUCAGUGAGUUGAAUGGCGACGCAGGGAUACUUGGUGAAACACAAAUGCUUGGAACAGCCAUAUUUGGUGCCUUCAAAAUGUAUAUUCCUUGUGCAUUGUUCCAGAGGUCGUCACAUGGACACCAUGAAAUUACACAUUUUCAUUUCAUUAGGAAUAUGGGGAUUCUAGGCUGGUUAAGAUUUUCAAGUGUUGUGUGCUCUCUAAUUAGUCUAAAGUAUGUUCCAGUGUCUUUCACUGAAACUGUCAAGUCAUCUUCACCAGUGAUUACUGCUUUGUUUGCAUGGAUAAUGCUGGGAGAAAAGCAGAGCAUACAUGUGAAUUUAACACUUAUACCAAUAGUAGGAGGUCUUGCUCUAUGCACAGCUAAUGAGAUUAGCUUCAACAUGAUGGGAUUCAUUGCAGCUCUACUGAACAUUUUUAUAGAUUGUAUACAAAAUGUCUUUUCUAAAAAGCUUCUUUCUAGUGAACAGCCUUAUAGUCCUCCAGAACUUCAAUUCUAUACAAGUGCAGCAUCCAUAAUCGUGCAGUUGCCAUUGUGGUUUGUUUAUACCGACAUCAAGCUCAAAUUCAUAUCCAUGGAUUAUUAUAUGAUAUUAAUGUUAUCACUGAAUGCAUUCCUCUUCUACACUCAAAGUCUUACGGCAUAUGGUCUYAUGUCAGUUAUAUCACCUGUGACAUUUAGUGUUUCCAAUACAGCCAAGAGGGCGGUCUUAAUCUGGGUUUCCGUCCUGGUUUUUGGUAAUCAAGUAUCRCCGCUAAGUGCUUUAGGGACAAUCAUUGUCACAUCAGGUGUAUUUUUAUACCAGAGAUUUAAAGGCAAGCAGAAAGCUUGGGAUGCAAAACAUUCAACAAAAGAAACUCUUAAUGUAUGAGUUAUAAAACAAUUUCAUAGUUAUUCAAAUUAUUAUUUAGUGGAAGAUUUAGCCUUGUCUAUAGAAUACKCUCUGCCUGCUAUAGAAAGAGGUGUAAUGAUCAGGCAAUAAAGGAAUCAGUCUAUGUGGACCUGGAUUCAAUAGGCAAUAUGCAGCAAUGAAAUUUUGAACAAGAAAUCAUCAUAUAGAAGUUGUAGUACUUGCACUUUUUGUAUGUCUAUAAAGCCGUUUUUGUAUUUUCUUUGACACAAAUUACUUCAAACUAUUAAUUUUUUUUCAAAAAAAAAAGAAAGAAAGAGCAUCUUAAGAAGGACAUUUAGCAAGUGCAUGGACUGCAACUACCUUGAAUUCAUGGUUUUGCUGCACAUUGCCUAUUCCUUGAMCAGUAGCCAUGCUKUGUCCUUAAGCAAGUCAGUGCCUCUUUCCAGUCAGAUGUAUUAAAAUAGGUAGGCUAUUGAUUGGGUAAAUUAGGGAAUUGAAUUGCCAAAUGGCAGUAGAGAGCAUCCUGGGGCAGAGGCRUUUGAGAUUCAAAUAUAUCCCAUAAAUACCAUGAUAAUACCUCGGGGAAACUUAACUCACAGAACAAAUCUUGUAAUUGAGUGAGACAACAGAAAAAAAAAAGAAUUGAGGGAUUAAAUUAAAYAAUGUCCAUUGUUCUUCAGGACAUCUUUGUUAUUUUUAUUGCUCGUGAUUCUUUGUUAUUUCACCAAAUCACAGUCUUUGUUCUGCAGGCUGUGUGUUACUGACAGUGUUGCCUGUGUAAUAGAGCGGAUUUCGUAUGAGUGGGAAACGGACGGUACUGUACUGUGUCCGUAAUCGUACUGUAACCAAAUUCUAGUGCCCCAUUGGUUCACCAAAAUUCUGCAGGCCAGGUGCGAUAACUGUGCGGUAACCGUGCGGUAACGGUGUCCCACUCAUACGAAAUCCGCUCUAUUUCUCAAUUGAUUUAAGCUAUUAUAGAAAUAGGUCUCCUGAUGACUAGAAUGCAUUGUUUUCUUUGAUGCCUAUUUGACUUUAUACAACUUUUCAGUAAAAUCAGACGUUUUGAUUGGUUGGCU